GACGGGACGGAAAUCACAACUUAUGACGUACGAUAAUUUUAACACUUUGUCAUGGCUAGUGUUUGACAACGUCACGCUUGUCACUUUCAACUGUCAAAUUUGGACUUUAAUUAAAAAAAAACAACUUUGAAUUUAGGAGUGUUGCCUUUAUAUUUUAAUAUAAUGGAUGUCCUCUCCAGACCAGCGGAAGAAUUCGAAAAUGACCAAACCGUGGAAGCAUUGUGGGCUAUGAAAGCCUAUGAACAUGCUGAAGUUUACUUUAAUAUUCUUUGUUCUGUGGACCCAAAACUUCUCAGACUCACUCCUGAAGAUGAUCUGAUUUACAAACUAUUUAGAGAGGAGUUUCCCAACCUUGAUAUUAAAGUAAUAAGAGAAAGCGAGCUUAAGAGUCCCAAAGAAAAAGCGAAAUGGAGGCCUUUUUGCGAAAAAUUUAAAAAUAUUGUUGAAGAUUAUAGUUACGGUACAUUAAUAAGAGCCGAUGCAACCAAAGACUAUAGUGAAGAAAAUACUAUUCUAGUAACUCGGAUUCAAUUUUAUGCAAUCGAAAUUGCCAGGAAUCGCGAAGGGGUGAAUGACGAUCUAAGGAGACUGUUUAAACCGACGCGUGACGAGGCAGACCAAAAGAAUAAUAAAACCUCAGUUAGUUAACCUCAAGUAAUGUUUUAUCUGUAUAUUUAGGAUUUUCGGCUCAUUAAAAUUUAUGGCUUUUA